UUCUCUUCUUUUUCUUCUCUUUCUUCUCUUUCUUUUCUUUUCUUUGCUUCUCUUCUCUUUUUUCUUUGCUUCUCUUCUCUUUUCUUCUCUUUUUCUCUUUCUUUUCUUUCUUUUUCUCUUCUCUUUUUUUCUUCUUUUUCUUUGCUUCUCUUUUCUUCUUUUCUUCUUUUCUUCUCUUUUCUUCUCUUUUUUCUCUUUUCUUUUCUUCUCUUCUCUUUUCUUUUUUCUUUCUCUUUUCUUCUCUUUCUCUUUUUUUUCUUUGCUUCUCUUUUCUUUCUUCUCUUUUUUCUUUUCUCUUUUCUUCUCUUUUCUUUUUCUCUUUGCUUCUCUUUUCUUUUCUUCUCUUUUCUUUUCUUCUUUUCUUUUCUUUUUUCUUUUCUUUGCUUCUCUUUUCUUUUUUUUUCUUUGCUUCUCUUUUCCUUUUUUCUUUUCUUUGCUUCUCUUUUCUUUUUUUCUUUUCUUUGCUUCUCUUUUCUUUUUUCUUUUCUUUGCUUCUCUUUUCUUUUUUCUUUUCUUUGCUUCUCUUUUCUUUUUUCUUUUCUUUGCUUCUCUUUUCUUUUUUCUUUGCUUCUCUUUUCUUUUUUCUUUGCUUCUCUUUUCUUUUUUUCUUUGCUUCUCUUUUCUUUUUUUCUUUUCUUUGCUUCUCUUUUCUUUUUUUCUUUUCUUUGCUUCUCUUUUCUUUUUUUCUUUUCUUUGCUUUUCUUUUUUCUUUGCUUCUCUUUUUUUCUUUUUUCUUUGCUUCUCUUCUCUUUUUUUUCUUUUCUCUUUGCUUCUCUUCUCUUUGCUUUUUGCAUAUGGCUGCCCUAUGCUACCCUUCACUUCGACAACUGCUGACCAACACUCUUUUAAUUUUGCUUUCCAUUACAAAAACAGUUCCAGACUGGCUUGGUUGGAUGUUUGGAAGGACACCGGCUUUAAGAUCUGAAAGAGUUGAGGAUUGUUCGGAUUUUUAUCUUGGUGGCAACCACAGUACUCAAAAUUGGAAAGAAAAUAUUGCUGUUCCUCUUCUCAGACAACACAACUGCACUUACGUGUCUCCUCAGUUGGAAGAAUGGAACUGGAAAACCAUCUCAAAGAAUCAUGCUCAGGUGGAGAGAUGCCAACUCUUGCUCUAUGUGAUUCCAGCUGAUAUACGGGCACUCACAGACAUGAUCCAGGUAAUAUUUUUUUAUAAAAGCUGCAAUGGAUAA